AUGGGAAACUAUAAAUCUAGACCAACCCAAACUUGCACUGAUGAAUGGAAGAAGAAAGUUAGUGAAUCAUAUGCUAUAAUCAUAGAACGAUUAGAAGAUGACCUUCAAAUCAAAGAAAAGGAGCUGGCGGAACUGAAGCAUGUUUUUAGCUCUGAUGAAGCCUUCUGCAAAGUCAAUUUAAAUUACCGCACAGACAAUGGGCUCUCUCUUCUUCAUUUAUGUUGCAUAUGUGGAGGUAACAAAUCACACAUUAGAACUCUUAUGCUAAAAGGACUGCGCCCAUCCAGAUUAACAAGAAAUGGAUUUACAGCUCUGCACUUGGCAGCUUAUAAGGACAACGCAGAACUUUUAACUGCGCUGCUGCAUGGUGGAGCUGACAUUCAGCAAGUCGGGUAUGGAGCUUUGACAGCCCUUCACAUCGCCACAAUCGCCGGCCACCAUAAGGCUGUUGAUAUUCUUUUGCAGCAUGGAGCUUAUGUGAAUGUUCAGGAUGCAGUUUUUUUCACCCCGUUGCAUAUUGCUGCCUAUUAUGGCCAUGAACAGGUGACCCACCUCUUACUAAAGUUCGGAGCUGAUGUGAAUGCAAGUGGUGAAGUUGGAGACAGACCUCUCCAUUUGGCUUCUGCCAAAGGCUUUCUCAACAUAACAAAGCUCUUGAUGGAAGAGGGAAGCAAAGCUGAUGUGAAUGCUCAGGACAAUGAAGAUCACGUUCCUCUGCACUUCUGCUGCCGAUUUGGACACCAUGAAAUUGUAAAGUUCCUACUGCAGAGCAGCUUUGAAGUUCAGCCCCAUGUGGUGAACAUCUAUGGAGACACACCUUUACACCUUGCGUGUUACAGUGGCAAGUUUGAAGUUGUCAAGGAAAUAAUUCAGCUCUCAGGAACAGAAAGUCUCACUAAGGAAAAUAUAUUCAGUGAAACGGCUUUCCACAGUGCUUGCACCUAUGGAAAGAACAUAGAACUUGUAAAAUUUCUUCUUGACCAGAACAUUGUAAGCAUCAAUCACCAGGGAAGGGAUGGACACACAGGAUUACACUGUGCUUGCUACCAUGGUCAUAUUCGACUUGUACAGUUUUUACUGGACAAUGGAGCCGAUAUGAAUCUUGUAGCUUGUGAUCCCAGCAGAUCCAGUGGAGAAAAGGAUGAGCAGACCUGUUUGAUGUGGGCUUACGAGAAAGGUCACGAUGCCAUUGUGACCCUUCUGAAGCACUAUAAGAGGCCUCAGGAUGAAUCGCCCUGUAAUGAAUACUCACAGCCUGGAGGAGAUGGUUCUUAUGUGUCAAUUCCAUCCCCACUAGGAAGGAUUAAAAGCAUGACUAAAGAAAAGGCAGAUGUUCUUCUCCUCCGUGCUGGUUUGCCGUCACAUUUCCAUCUUCAGCUCUCUGAAAUAGAAUUCCAUGAGAUUAUCGGCUCAGGGUCUUUUGGAAAAGUAUAUAAGGGGCGAUGCAGGAACAAAAUUGUUGCAAUCAAACGCUAUCGAGCCAACACCUACUGCUCCAAAUCUGAUGUGGACAUGUUCUGCCGUGAAGUUUCCAUUCUCUGCCGACUGAAUCACCCCUGUGUCAUCCAGUUUGUGGGAGCUUGCUUAGAUGACCCAAGCCAGUUUGCUAUAGUCACUCAGUAUAUUUCUGGAGGAUCGCUCUUCUCCCUGCUUCAUGAACAGAAGAGAACUCUUGAUCUGCAGUCUAAAUUAAUCAUUGCUGUAGAUGUUGCCAAAGGCAUGGAGUACCUCCACAAUCUCACGCAACCAAUCAUACAUCGUGAUUUGAACAGUCACAAUAUUCUCCUGUAUGAGGAUGGUCAUGCAGUUGUUGCUGAUUUUGGAGAAUCUAGAUUUUUGCAGUCCCUGGAUGAAGACAAUAUGACAAAACAACCUGGGAACCUCCGCUGGAUGGCCCCCGAGGUGUUCACUCAGUGUACAAGGUACACCAUAAAAGCCGAUGUUUUCAGCUACGCUUUGUGCCUCUGGGAGCUCUUAACAGGGGAAAUUCCAUUUGCUCACCUGAAACCAGCGGCGGCGGCGGCCGACAUGGCGUACCACCACCUCCGCCCGCCCCUGGGGUACUCGGUCCCCCAGCCCAUCUCCGCCCUGCUGAUGAGGGGCUGGAACGCCUGUCCCGAGGGGAGACCAGAGUUUUCAGAAGUUGUCACAAAAUUAGAAGAAUGUCUAUGCAAUAUCGAGUUAAUGUCUCCAGCCUCCAGCAACAGCAGCGGUUCUCUGUCCCCCUCCUCAUCGUCGGACUGCCUCGCUGCACGAGGUGGCCCUGGCCGCAGCCACGUCGCAGCGCUACGUAGCCGGUUUGAACUGGAGUACGCCCUGAACGCGCGAGCCUACGCCGUCUGGUCACAGAGCACUGGGCAACACCCUUCUCAGGGUCUGUCGUUGGAUGACAUGAGAAGAAACUUCCAGUACCCACCAAUUGACAAAAACGGCUACGUGUCGGAUCCCAUGAGCACCAUGAGGUUCCACUCCUGCAGCAGCAGCAGCAGCUUUGAGGAAAGCCACUGA